AUGGAAGAUGUUACAAUAUAUUGUUAUAUCCUAGGCACUCCUAUUAAGAGUGCCCGUCCGAUUGACCUUGGCGAAAAAAUGCAAGUUGAUGGUCGUGAUAUAAAUCUUGAAGCAUUUACAUUUGGGCAUCUCAAAAAACUGAGAUGGCCCAAUAACGAUAAAGCCCACGAUCUAAAACUAUGGAAAUUUGAAACCCCUAUGGACGUAGACAAUGAGGAGUUGAAAACACUUAACGAGAAUUUUCGUGCAAACAUUAAUAAUGUACAAAAACUUGGCGAGGAUUUGUAUCCAUAUAUAAGAUUUUUGAGGUUUUUCAACCUGGAUAUAUCUUUAAGUCUGGAUAUAUCCACAUCAUCGUGGAGCCUCCCGCAACUACUA